AUGGGUGAUCAAGGAAGAGGGUUCCCAACGAGAUGCAGAUGUGGUGAAGCUGUGAGAAUGGUUACGUCGAGGACUGCCAAAAAUCCAGGAAGACUGUUUCACUCCUAUCCAAGAGGAUCUGAAGAGUUGCUGCAGAGUAGAUGGUAUCACACUUUUAAGUGGACUGAUGAGUGUAUGAUUGAAGAGAUAGAGGAUAUGAAGUUGAAAAUGAAUACUGUGGAAGAAGACUCUAUCACAUUACAAAAGAGUUUCAAUGCUUGUGAAUCAGAGGUUGAAACUCUCCAAAUGGAAACUCGUGUUUGUGAAGCUGUGAUUGAAAAGGAGAUUACAGAGUGCAAAAUGGAGCUUCGUAGCUUGAAGAAUAUAAUCGGAUGUGUUGUGGUGAUGAUUUUCAUUUACAUGUUUCUGUUUUGA